AUGGGCGUUCACCUUGCGUACAACGACGUGCAUCCCUUCGCCAAGGUCAAUGUCACCAACAAGGCAUCUGUACAGAAGCUCCUCGAGACAGUCCUUGACCCCCUUGAGCCAUUCUUCUCGCCUGAAAAAGCACGGGUCAAGUGCCCUGGUGGCACUGCCGUGCGAUUUGACGAUGUGGCUGCCCAGAUCGAAGGGUUUGCACGGCCACUCUGGGGGCUAGCUUUCUUGCUCGCCGGAGACGGAAAAUACAGAGGCACAGACUGGUGGAUUGACGGUUACCGAGCAGGGACAGAUCCCAAGAGCCCAGAGUACUGGGGCUAUCCGAGGGACAAUGACCAGCGAAUGGUCGAGAUGUGCCCUUUGGGACUAAAGAAGAAUGGCGGCAAGUUUUCCAAAGAGAGACUGGAGAGCGACAUUAAGCACCUGGACACGUUCUACCGUGGCGACGGCUGGUCGAACGAUGGCCCAGAAGGCAUCCACCAGAUGGAUUACUACUCCUCGAGCUUUGCCAUUCAGUUUCUCCAGCUCAUCUACGCCAAACUGAACGGCGAAGACGACCCCGAGCGGGCUGCUGAAUUCAAGAAGCGAGCCCAGAUAGCAGCGCUCGACCUGGUGCACUACUACGACGAGGAGGGCCGUGCGAUACCAUAUGGCCGCAGCCUCUCGUAUCGAUUCGCUGUCGUCUCUUUUUGGGGAGCCAUGGCGUACGCAGACGUCGAGCUCCCGGCGCCCCUGACUUGGGGCAUGGUCAAGGGAAUUGUGCUUCGCCACCUGCGAUGGUGGCAGACGCAGACCUCUUUGUGGACAGCGAGCGGCACCUUGUCCCUGGGCUACUCCUACCCCAACACGUUCAUGACGGAGAACUACAACAGCCCCGGAAGUCCGUACUGGGCGUGUCUGGCGUUUAUCUGUCUCGCCGUGCCCGAGACCCACCCGUUCUGGACGUCGAAGGAGGAGCCUCUUGGAAACACGUUUCCUAAAGUCAAAGCCCUGAAGCACCCCGGUCAUAUUACGAGCUACCACGGUGGACAUUGCAUGCUUCUCUCCUCUGGACAGGCGUGCAGCUACCCGAUGCGAGCGACACAUGCCAAGUAUGGAGGCUUUGCGUACAGCAGCGCCUAUGGGUAUUCUGUUCCCACAGGUCUCUUCUCGCUCGAGCAAUACGCACUGGCUUCGCAACUCGGGCUUUCGGACGAUGGGGGCGAAUACUGGAAGACACGGCGACUGUGCGAGUAUGCUGCCAUUGAGUACCGCGACGAGAAGCCUGUUCUCGUAUCUGUGUGGAAGCCGUUCCCGGACGUCACGAUCAAGACGUACCUCAUUCCUUCUACAGAGGAGCAUCCCAACUGGCAUCUUCGCGCCCACCAAAUCGAGGCUGGUCGUGAGGUGAUGACGGCUGACGGGUCGUUCGCUAUACGGAACGUCGACAGUCAGACCGGUCGAAGCCUACAGCUGUAUGAUGCCGCGAGGCACGAGGGCACGUCGCCCAAAAUUAUUGGCAAUUAUGACGUGAAGACACCCGCUGGCUGGGCGGACGGCCGGGCUGGUGCCUUUGCGGUCUCAGCUGGGGCGGUUGGCAUCAAGGCACUGGAGGGUUGGGAAGGGCGCCAGGCCAACCUGGUGAAUGCAGACCCCAAUUCGAACCUCGUCGAGGCGCGGACUGUGAUCCCCACACUGCAGCAUACGAUCAAGCAGGGCGAGACGGUCGCAUACGUCUCUGGGAUUUACGCCAAGCCCACGGGACCUGGGGAAGACUUUCUUGAUGGGUGGGACAGGCCCCCUAUGGUACCAGGCUGGCUCAAUUCAGACCUUCGAUGA